CAAGAGCGAUCUCGUCCCGGCGUGGUUGACUGGGAUAAAAAGCUCAGAAUGGAUGAAGAAAAACUAGAAGACUUGUCUUUUCGGCGACUUGGGAUCACUUCUCCAGCAGUGAAAGGUUCAUACCAAAAGUACCACCAGAAACUGCAUAAGUUUUUGAGCAAAGAAACGCGGAUGUUCAUCAGAUCACAACAAAAAUAUAUGAAUGCGUUGAGGCAAUUAGAGCAAGCACCUCAGAUGAUAUUAGCUUUGAAUGCAUCUUCCAAUUCUUCAAAUUCGCAGGAAGCUCGAGAUUCAGAAGCGAUUAUGAACGAAUGCUACCCUCCCAAAGCUUGGGUUGGCGGAAGCUGCAUCGCAAAACCUGUUUUGAACCAUCAGCCUUUGGAAUGCUAUGUGAACAAAAGGAGCAAGAAGUGCGAAAAGAUUUUAAGCGAUUAUGAAACGAAGUUGAAGGAGUAUUGGAAGGCUCUACGACAACACUAUCCAUACAUGUAUGACACCGGCCUCGACCAUACCGCCAAUCAAAACAACAGAUAUCUGAUAACCCCAGUCCGGUUCCCUCAUAAGGAUAUGAGCAACCUCGGCGAUAAUUACAUAGUUGGUAUGACCGAAGGGAACAGAGAUUUCUCAGACAGGAUAACAAAAGUUGAAAAUGUUGGCCAAGCUCCGAUCCCACUUCAGAUUUUUGCUGGAGGCACAGGAGACAAGUCUUAUUCGCAUAGCUCUCGUUUUGUAAGUGAUUCCGCAAGUUUAGGGCCAUUCAGAAGAUCGCUCGUUCCCUUUAAUGAACUCAAAAACCAGUGGCAUCCUUCCAAUACCCCACAAAUUCCACCUCAUGACAGAUUUUCUCCUCUCGAGAAAAAACAGGGAAACUCCAGCAGUACAUCAAACAAGGCAGAACAAGUAUUUCUCUUGGGGAAACUAUCUGGCAACGUGGAUCCGUUGGGGAUAAACUCAGGGCUACAGGACGACGAGGUGCCUGCCUCUCGUUUAAAGAGGAGCUGGAGAUAAAUGUCAACCUUGCUUCUGAAAGCACAGCUCUGUAUUAGACAGCCAGUAUCAGAUUGGCGAAUGAUACAUCCAUCCCACAGGCUCAUGUCAUUAAUUAUUCUGUUCACCUGAUCAAUGAUGAAAUUUCAUUGACUUG